UAAGUGAUGGAGCCGCGUGCUUGAUGCGUUCAUCGCCUUUCUCCGCUUUUAACAGCAAAACGUGCGUAAUGGAGGAGUCGGCUUUGGAGAGGGGCGACUGCACCUGAGCGGCACAAAGCGACCAGUCUCUGGCCAGUGGGAAUGGAUACCAGCUAUUUCCUGUCGGGGACCUGCUUUUUCCUGCUCUUGCUCAAUGGGUUCACCUUUCCGUCCAAGGCGACCAGCUUUUGUCCCGACCUCUGUGACUGCCAGAACCCGCAGCACCUCAUGUGCGCCAACCGGGGGUUGCGCGCAGUGCCCAAACCUGCGGCGCGCCUGCCCGAGGAGGUGCUGGUCUUCAGCCUCGGGGGUAACUUCAUUGGCAACAUCUCUGCCUCCGACUUCACACGGUACAGUAACCUCGUCCGGCUGAAUUUACAGUACAACCAGAUACAAACUAUUCACCCAAAAGCAUUUGAGAAACUCUCCAAGCUGGAGGAGCUGUACCUGGGACAUAAUAUUUUAUCAAAUAUACCCGCUGGGACUCUACAAUCCCUGAAGAAAUUAACUGUUCUCUGUGGAAAUAAUAAUGACAUUAAGAAAAUCACACCGGAGAUCUUUACCGAUUUGGAUAAUCUUGUUAAAUUGCGUCUGGAUGGCAACUCAAUAGACGUUCUGCAGGACUCUGUUUUUAAAAGUUUGACCGGCCUACAUUAUCUCCAUCUCGAAUCCAACAAACUGCAGCACAUUCACAGAAACGCUUUCUCUAAACUCACCAACCUGCGCUAUCUGAACCUGGCACACAACAAGCAGUCAGCCGUGCGCAAUGCCCACACUUUCUCCCAACUCACAGCUCUGACAACGCUGCUGCUGUCUGAGAAUGAGAUCCAGUUCGUAGGGAACCACGUCUUCCAAAACCUAAAGAAGCUGUCCAAACUGUCUCUCAGCAACAACAGGAUCUCUGGCCUGGACAGCGGGGCUCUGAAGGGUCUGUCGAGCCUCAGAGAGCUUCUGAUGGACGGCAACGAGCUGGAGGAAAUCCCCGCCGGUCUCCUGGACUCUCUGGAGCGUGUCCAGGAGCUGGACUUCAGUCGCAACCGGAUUUCCAGCGUGGACUCUUUGGCUUUUUCCCAACUCAAACACCUGAGAGUGCUGAAGCUGAAGAACAACGUGCUCACCAGUCUGUCCGGGGACAUUUUUGCCCUCAACAACGUGCUUUACGACCUGGAUCUCCAUGGUAACAACUGGACGUGUGACUGUCGGCUGGAGGAGCUGAAAAGAUGGAUGAACUCUGCGCAUUCUCAGGGCAAAUUAUUGAAUGUUUUUGUGCAGUGUCAUCACCCAGCAACACUGAGGGGGAAAUAUCUUGACUAUGUGAACAGCUCCCAGCUGCAGCCCCUCGGGAACUGGACCCACUUGUGUAGAAGCCAGGUUGAGCCUGAGGAGAGCCGGGGAGGGGGGGUGUUGGUAAAGGUGGAGGGCAAAGAGGUAGGGACAGUGGAUACAGUAAAGCAGGAGAGAGGUGAAGAAGUCCAGGCGGAGGAGACAGAAGGUGUAGAUUUGAGACAGGGGACUAGGGAUGGAGUCAUAAUGAGGAAAGAGCGAGAGAAAAGGAAGAGAGAAGGACAGGAGGAGGUGGAAACCCAGGGAGAACAAGGGGGUCUAGCAGUGGCAGAACCUUCUUCUUCCCUGGAGAGAAAGAAAUCAAAGAAAGAGCCCCUCAGCCCAAGGUCACGACCUGCUGCAGAGGCUGCUGGGAAACGUGCCAAAGGUAGACGAAGGUCAAAUACCAUUUCCAGGACUGAUUCACCAGCUAUUUCCACACCAAGUCAUGCUGGAAACCAAGAUAGGAACUCCACUGAUCCAAACCCAGUGCUCACCGCCACUUCUCUGUCCCAGUCAGGAGAAAAGUUUGAUCUUCUGAGGUCAGAUCAGGAGGCGGCUCAGCCUGUAAUCACAGAUCCUUGUAUCUUCAACCGCCAUUUCAUCACCAAUGUUACGGUGGAUCAAGUGACAUCCAGUACUGUCACCAUCAACUGGACCACCAGGGAUCACCAUCGCUACACACCAGGACUAGGGCCAGGCCUAGAUGAAGUCCACUACCGGAUUCUGUUCGACCGCUUUGGCACCCCGGAUCGUUUCCCCCGCUACGUCUACGCCCGUGGCGCUGCCCGCUCCGUAACCCUCCGAGAACUCACCUCGGAUGUGACCUACAUGGUCUGUGUGGAAGGAGUAGUCGGAGGAUCUGUGUGUCAAGUUGCACCACGUGACCACUGUGCAGGCCUGGUCACUCUCCCCGAGGGGUUCAGCCAUGGAGGCAUGCUGACCUCUGACCUCCAGCUGGUGACGGUGGCCACACUGGCCGGGAACGCCGUGCUGCUGCUUGUCAUCGGCGGCGUCUGGCUGGGGCGGAGCCUGAAGAGGAGGCUGCAGAGGAGGAAGACGGCCGUGCACGUGCGGCACAUGUACUCCACCCGGCGACCGUUUCGUCCCGCCGCGGCGUCCGCCUCCGUGUCCGCUGACUUCACCAGCUACCAGAGCAGCCGUCCAGCACGUCUUGCACCGCUAGAGGAAGGGGACCUCAUUGAGUUCCCUUGUGAACGCUUUCUGGACAGCAACAGUGUUCGCAGAGACGGCAACAUGCAGAGAUUUUCUGACUAGAGCCAUUGAACUUCCAACACAAAGACAUGUCAAUUGGCUUUUGCUGCAACCUUUGGUCUUGUCCCCUCUCUUCACAGACCUCGGUAUCAUAUUAAAAACAUGGGUGUUUGUGGCUGUGAACCAACUCAGGCAACACUCCCACCAUUUUGUGUCUUGGUUUUCUCAUUUGACCAAAAGAAAAACUUUUAAAUUGAUAAUAGAACAGCUGAGCUCAUCAGUGCCUUUUCAGACACCAGAGGAAGUCCAAUCCCUCUGACUUCCUCUUCCUGCUUUGUGCCUUUCCUCUUUCAUUUCCUUGCACCUGCGAGUGCUCCUUAAUGUGCGACUUGACAACUUGUUGUGUGUACGUACGUAGGCAUGAAUGGUUGCUCACUGAUUUCAACUAUGGUGCUAAUGUUGAGUUCAUAGACAUCACGUUGUCUCAUAUUUGUACAGUAUGUAAUGAUGGCUGCUGGUUGGCAGAGAAAAAAAACACUUGUUUUGUAUCACAUCUAUCAUGUUUUAUACUUUUUUAUAUAAAUCUGCAUUACAUGAAGAAGUAAA